CAUCCGUUACUGUCCCACGAGUGGAGAGAAUUUCAGCACCGGGACAGAUCCACCAAACAUUCCCCACCGUCAAGCAUCAUGGCGACAGAGUUUCACAACCUUCAGGAGCUGCGUCACAGUGCAUCUCUGGCCACCAAGGUCUUCAUUCAGAGGGACUACAGAGACAGCACCAUCUGUAAAUUCCAGACCAAGUUCCCCACAGAGCUGUACAGCAGGAUCGAGAAGAGCCUGUUUGAAGAAACAUUGAAGACGCUCAACUGCUAUUAUGCAGAAGCUGAAAAGAUUGGAGGUCAGUCCUACCUGGAAGGCUGCCUGGCUUGUGCUACAGCCUACAUCAUCUUCCUGUGCAUGGAGACACGGUAUGAAAAGAUACUGAAAAAGAUCAGCAUGUAUAUUCAGGAGCAGAAUGAGAAGAUCUAUGUACCCAGAGGUUUGCUCCUCACAGAUCCCAUCGAGAGAGGCAUGAGAGUAAUCGAAAUCUCCAUCUUUGAAGACAGUGGCUCCACCAGCUCCUGUGGAAGUUCUCCAUACAGUAGCACAGCUCAAUGACUGGAGGAGCAGCACCAGGGGUACGGGUACAGGGGGGCCAGUACGCUCCCCAAAAUCCGAAUGUUGAAACAUGAGAGCACCAGAUUUUAAAGAGAGACAGAGAGAGAUGAAGUACAGGUACUGCUCACUCGCUCACUCAAAUCAAUAAGCGCAAAGCUAGGAGCUUUAGCUCACAAACAGACCUCCCCUUCCCUACCUCAUUUAAUUCAGCCUCCUCUGCAUUUCCAUUAGUGACAGGCACAUGUUGAUCAGCCCUCAAUAGUGAAAUGAAGAGGGCUAGCAGACAGGUACAAUGGUCGGAGUGCUUCCUACAGAUUUCUAACUUUUCUGUGUUAGCUCUAGAAAAUCCAGAUUAAGAUGGUUUUGAAACAUGAUAGCUGGUUUCUAGCUAGCCUAAGCCAAGUCCAGUGUUAUUUUAGUAUCAUUGAGAUACUAUAAUAGUUUUUGUUAAAAGUUCAGUAUAUAAUAUUAAAAGCUAUCAAGUGAUAUUCAAAUUAAAAUAUUGGUGGGAGUUAUUUCUCCCGCCCCUCCUCUAGAAUAUGCUCACAACGGUUGCCAGAUUGAGGACACACAACAUGAAUGACUGCAAUCGACAACAGAAGGUGACGAGCCAUACACUUUUAAUAUACCUCUGAUCAUAGAGCUUUUUAGAUGGAUGCAGAGGCUUUUUAGGUCACAUACAAUCUGUGAUUUCUGACCCAGAUCGUUUGCAAUAUGUGCUGUGUUUUCCACCAACUGGCAACUCGGGGUGUCAAAAUAUUAUGUGGUAAAUUGGCAGUGGGCGG